AUGUUCAACUGUUUACGCUUAACCACGUGCGCUGGUCGAAGUGCUACCAGUAGUUUAAGCAAAUGUUCCGCGUUUAAAACAAUAAGCCCCGUCAGAUCAAUCGUUACUGAAUCACUGCUAGUCAAACCUACUUUAAGGGGAUUUACCGUUCGUGAUACAACAAAGCAAAGCCUGCUAACGAUAUGCAGAACAUUCCGCACUCCCAUCAGUCGUUACUGCACCAAAACAUCUGUAUCUGAAAAGGGCAGCAAAUCCGUAGGAUACUGGCUACUCGGAUGCAGCGGAAUGGUCUUCGUCGCCGUCGUUCUAGGUGGAGUUACCCGACUCACAGAAUCCGGAUUAUCAAUGGUCACGUGGAAACUACUGGGAGAGAAAAUGCCCAGGACGGACGCAGAAUGGCGUGAGGAAUUCAACCGCUAUCAACAAUUUCCCGAAUUUAAACUCAAAAACCAAGACAUAACGCUCCAGGAGUUUAAAUUGAUCUGGUUCAUGGAAUACGGGCAUCGCAUGUGGGGUCGGGCGAUAGGAGCGUUCUUCGCGAUACCCGCGGUCUACUUUUGGAGUAAAGGAUAUUUUAACAAGGCGAUGAAAACUCGUGUGCUUGCUUUCGGUACCCUGAUCGGAAUACAGGGUUUAAUGGGUUGGUAUAUGGUAAAAUCAGGCCUAGAAGACCGAUUUCACCAAGAAAGCGACGUACCGCGCGUAUCACAGUAUCGUUUGGCCUCUCACCUUGGAUUCGCCUUUGUUUUGUAUUCGUUAUUCUUAUGGUCCGCACUAGACAAGCUACUCCCAGCACAGAAACUAAUUGGCAAUAUUCCUGCUGCUACGUUCCGUUUUAAAGGUCUUGCGCACGCUACGAAAGCGGCCGUUUUCUUUACUGCUUUGUCCGGAGCAUUCGUUGCUGGACUCGACGCAGGUUUGAUUUAUAAUUCCUUCCCGAAGAUGGCUGAUCGUUGGAUACCGAGCGACAUUUUGGCUCUUUCCCCGACGUUACGCAAUUUUACCGAAAACCCUACCACCGUCCAAUUCGACCAUCGCGUACUGGGAACCGCGACCUUAACGCUCAUCACCGGCAUGUUUCUAAUCUCACGCAGGCGACUGCUUCCGCCACGCGCUUACAAAGCUGCGACUGCCGUUGCAGCUAUGGGAUGGCUGCAGGUUGCUCUUGGCAUAACGACACUUCUUACAUACGUACCCGUCCCUCUAGCCGCUAGUCAUCAAUCCGGUUCUUUAAUAUUACUAUCGCUUGCUAUUUGGCUGACACAUGAGCUCAAACUUGUGAAGCGAUUACCCAAAUAA